AAAAGAAGAGAUUAUAGUAAAGGAUGUCUGAAAUUCAAAUCCAAUGCUUCAUAUAUCCAUUUCUUGCAUCUCUAAUCUUGUUAUGGUGUAUUAGCAGAUGGUAUCGCAAAGCAAAUGGAAUCAAGAAUCCACCACCAUCUCCACCAAAGCUACCGAUACUCGGGAAUCUCCAUCAACUGCUGGGAUCAUUUCCUCACCAAAAUCUGGACGCCUUAGCGAAAAAGCACGGACCUCUCAUGCUUCUUCACUUUGGAAAUGUUCCAGUGCUGAUGGCCUCAUCAGCUGACGCAGCGCGGGAGAUCAUGAGAGUUCAUGAUCUCACCUUCUCAAAGAGGCCGGUAUACAAGGUUCACAGAAAGGUUGUCUACGAUGGGAAAGAUCUAACCUUCGCGCCUUAUGGCGAAUACUGGAAGCAAAUGAGGGGGAUUUUCGUGCUCAAGCUGCUGAGCAGCAAAAGGGUGCAAUCUGUCCGUUGCAUCAGGGAAGAAGAAACAGCCCUUUUCAUGAAGAAUGUCCAAGAGUCCAGUGGUGAGGUGAAUCUGAGCCAGAGGUUUUAUGAAUACACUUAUGAUGUGAUUUGCAGAUCGGCUUUUGGAAACAAGUAUAGUGGGAGUGAAAUCGGGAAGAAAUUCCUGCUUCUGGUAGCGGAGUUCUCUGAGAUUUUGGGGGCUGUUGGUUUCGAAGAUUUUGUUCCGUGGCUUGGUUGGAUCGAUCGUGUCAGCGGUUUUGAUGAAAAGAUCAAUAGGGUUGCGAGAGGAUUAGAUGAUUUUCUUGAGAAUGUGAUGCAGGAACGCCUCGAUGGUGAUCACAAGGAGCAGGAGAACUUCCUUGAUAUUAUGCUUCAGAUAUACAAGGAUAAGGCUGCUGAUUUCUCCAUUGACAGACAAAAUAUCAAAGCAUUGAUUUUGGAUGUAUUUGCGGCGGGGACUGAUACCUCAUCCAUAGUUCUGGAGUGGGCAAUGACAGAACUCUUACGAAACCCUUCAAUCAUGCGGAAAUUGCAGAAGGAAGUAAGAGAAAUCGUGAAGCAGGGAGACGACAUUAGAGAUGAGGACCUAGAAAAAAUGCAGUACUUGAAAGGUGUGAUCAAGGAGACUUUUCGGUAUCACCCACCAAUCCCGCUACUGCUGCCCAGAAUAGCCGCCGACGAUUUGAAAAUGAAGGGCUUUGACGUGGCUGCAGGCACGGUGGCGAUGGUUAACGUAUGGGCCAUAGGCAGAGACCCGGCGUCGUGGGACGAACCCCAAAUUUUCAAGCCAGAGAGAUGUUAG